GUGGAUCUUUCGAAGCCACCAACGCUAUCAUUUCCUAUACGGUUACCUUCCCGAAAGGUACUCAAUCAAAGGAUGGUUUAUGAAACAUUCCCGAAUUUUUGUUUCCAUCGUAAAGAAUAUGGGCAUCACCCAUUUAUUUACAAAAAGCUAGCCGAGAAGGAACGGGGGAUGAAUGACAAUGUUGUACAUGAUGAGGAUAUUGCAAGGGCGGGUGGGAUGGAAACUCUAGCUCCUCUGGCUCAGGUGGACGCUGCUACCCCGGAAUCAACUAAGCUGGCAGUUUUGGAGGCUGCUCCACCCGAACCACCUGCUGCUUUUGUUGAGGCUGCUUCGCUGGAACAAGGGGCUGCUACUCCGGCUGUCCUGGUAGCUGCUACGCCAAUUGCUGCUGCACCACUUGCUGCUACGCCGGAUUUGAAAACCAAGAAGGUCAUUGAUACACACCAGGCUUCCGCCUAUGAGACUUGAGCAAAAGAAACUGUUAAUGAGCAAAUCUGUUUGCCAAUUUCUAGGGAGGAGGACCCGACAGGGGCGAAUCUAGCAUUAACGUUCAGGUGGGGUCAAAAUUUAAUUAAAUAACGUAUAUUAAAAAAAAUGUCAAAAUGUAGUACAAUAUAAUAAUAUCUUAGAAGUCAAAAUGUAAAUUAUAGAAAUGUCAAAGAAUAAAUUGAAUAUUACAGAACCGACAAUACAAUUAUCUUAAAAGUCAUAGAUAUCGAACCGAAGUUUUAUCGGUUACCCAAAUGUUUAGUGCCAAUUUUUAGGUUAGUUUCUCGGAAACAAGAUAAACCGAUUUUUUUACUCUAAAAUCUAUACUCUAUGUAAAGAAAACUUAUUUUCACCUACGAAAUCCAAUGUAUUCAACUAAUUAAUUUUUCG